CAGAGUCAGGAGGGAAUCCAUGGUGGGAGAGGAUGUCCUGGCAUGGGCUGUUGGAGCCUGGAAUUCUUGGAGAAAUGAUAUCAAAGUAAAGAACUGCAGAGGCCUUCGAGCCCUUUAUGCACAUCUCUUCUCCCCCUCCCAUCGCUCAGAAGAAUGGGCCAGAGAGCCUAAAGAAAACAGUGCUGUAAACAGGACCAACUUUGAUCUUGACCAUCUUUUCUUUCAGGAGUCUGGGGACACGAUGUUAUCUGAAAUGAUGCUACCUGAAAAACAAGGUAAACAGGCACUGGAAAAUAAGGAACCGCCGGAAAACAAGGAACUGAUGGAAAAUAAGGAACCGCUGGAAAACAAGGAACCACCAGAAAAUAAGGAACCGCCAGAAAAUAAGGAACCUCCAGAAUAUAAACCACCGGAAAAUAAGGACCCACCAGAAAAUAAGCCACUGGAAAAUAAGGUGGAUACUCCUGCUAAUGAGAAGAGUGGCAAUUAUUAUAAAGAUAUAAAACAAUAUGUGUUCACAACGCAAAAUGUAAAUGGCAGCCAGUCUGAAAUAUCUGUGAGAGCAACAACCGAUUUGCAAUUUGCUCUAAGAAACUAUAAACUCAAUGAAACAACUACGUCAUUUCCUGGGAAAGCCACCAGUGAAGAACAUGCUACUGAACCCCCUCAAAAACAAUAUCGAAGACGAACCAACCGUCCAAAUGAGCCUGCAUUUUGGACAAUGUUAGCUAAAGCUUUAAAUGCAACACCAACAGCUGAGGAGCUUGAGGAAAAAGAUCAAUUAUUUCACCCAAUUCCACAAUCUGAUUUGAAUGCCAUAAAUGAAGAUAACAUGACACAGCUACAGGAAAUCAAGUUAAAAUUAAUGCUGGGCAUCUCGCUGAUGACCCUCCUCCUUUUUGUCAUCAUCUUGGCCAUCAGCAGUGCCUUGCUGUACAAGGUGAAGACAAUGAGUUAUAAAAGUCCAGUUCUAACCGAAUACUCCGUCAACCCAGAGCUGGCAACUCUGUCUUACUUCCACCCGUCAGAAGGUGUAUCAGACACAUCUUUUUCUAAGAGUGCUGACAGCAGCACAUUUUGGGGUACUACAUCUUCAGAAUUGAAAAAAGAAGACACAUGGUUAAAAUCUAGAACAACGGACAUGAUUUCCACAGCCUCAGAUGAUACAGGCAUGAAUGAUGAGUCAGAUUUAAUUCAGAGUGAGGAACCAAGUGAAGAAACUCCCACAGAUUGAAUAGACAUUAAGUUCGAGUCGGAAAGCAAUUUCUUUGGGACUCUCAUUAAGGUCAUGACUUGGAAACUCUGCUGAGGAAUUUAAGUUUUCUGAUGUCUGAAAAGGAGGACGUAUUCAAUAAAAUUAUCUCAGCCAUGAAAGUUUUAUAAUGGAAAAAAUACAAGAAAAUAAAUUAAGGUGUGGAAAACUCA